AUGAGUCUCCGCCUGGCAGGAAGCCGUAGCUUCACAACCUCAGUGGCACUUCUCAAAGCUAAGGGCUCCAAGACUAAACCAGAGCCGUCGAAGACGCCGCCGCCGCCACCAGAAGAAGCUCAAGCUCGAGCUCCAGAAUUGAGGCUCAGCAAAGGUCUUGGUAAAUUGCAGACUAUCACGUAUCCAGACUACAUGAAGAAGAUCCGGAAGCUCAACCCAGAAGUCCAAUUCGACAAAGCGAUGGCUGAUGCCGCCAUGGAGCGUAAUAUAGCCCUGAAAAUACCUCCUCCGAUGAUGAAAGGCGUGAAGAAUGCGAUCGGCAACCCAACCAGUAAAGCACAGCGGCUCAGCAAUGGUCAUCGAGAGCUUGUGGAUGAGUGGAAGCGCCUGCUGCGAGAAUCGGAGACGUACUGGAGUCAAUAG